UCGGACCAAUUUUUAAAUGACUAGUUAAAACCUUGUUUUAGGGAGCUGUGGAUGUUGUACCUUUUAUUUUUUUCUGUAACAAGCUGUGGAUGUUGUUGUACACAUUCAGAUGUGGUUGCAUCAAAAGUGUGGAAUAUUCAUAUUAUACAUCUGUCAGAUUUAUUUUGGAUAUAUAGAAUCACUAUAUCUGUUUGGAUUUGCAAAUAUUGUCACUUCAUCAUCUUCUGAUCAAGUUUAUUAGAUGAUAAAUCGACUUUUUUUUAACUUCCCUGGACCUUUGGGAUUGUUCAUUGUUGUUUUUUUGGUUCGAUGUUUUUUUAUUAAGAUGCCUGAUACCACCUAUAAGGUUCUUAGCUGCGUUCAUAACCUUAUUACAUCUGCCAUGCCAAAGCAGAUGGCUUUGUAAAAUGUUAAUUCUUAUUCGGUUUAUGAUCUGUAGGCCAAAUUUCGUUUGUUUAGUAUAAUAAAUUUUUUUGGACAACGUUUAGGAUAAUAAAUAAUUAGACGAAUGAUUAGGACCGGAUAGUGAGUAAAAAUGCUUGUUUAUAAUGAAAUUCAUAAUCAGAAAACGAAAGAUUAUAGAUGCAAAUUUUAAGUAACAUGUUGGGUUUCAAGUAGUUGGCUAUAAGCAUAUACGUGAAUUCGAUGUUUGGUCUGUAUUCUAAAUCCGACAAGUGGUUCAAAACUUUCGACUGUAAAAUGUUCCAAUGAUUGUACACGACUGUGUUAGCAAUGAGUUUUCUUCAGUGACUAUUUAUUCAUUGCAAUGACAUUUGUAGAAUUAGUCAUCUCUUUGUUACAGUAAUUGUACCGUUGAAGGACAAAUUAAAUAAUAAAAAAAGGAAAUUGAGGAAAAGUAUCGAAAAGUAAAAACCUAACGGUGUGUGUGACCCAUUAGCACUCCUAAUGAUUCUUCUUCACAUUUGACCCUCCCACCAUUGCUAAAUCUCAGCUUUAAUGAUUUUAAAACAUCAUACAAAUAUUAAGAAAGCUGCUACCGCUUUAAUCAUAUAGUAAUAUAUAGUCGUUACUUGUUAUUGUUUUAUUUCUUAAUCAGAAUGAUACUUUAUAACGAAUUCGAGUUAUAUAUUCUAUUAGACUAUUUAUUGUUGUUUAAUGGAUCCUGACAAGCUUAUUUUAUAUGUUCAUAGUCAAAAAAAGAAUUGGAGAUUUAUUAUUACAUUUGUUUAAUUUCAGUGAAAUCUGUAAAAUUUAAUACUUGGUUAAAGUAAAAAACGAAAAAAAGAAGAUGGAAGAAUCCAAGCCGACAAGUUACAACAGCUAAAUUUUGCAAAACUGUGUAUUUUUCAAUAACACUCUGCUCGUCCUUUCCUUAUGGGACCGUGUAAUGUGUACUUAAAACGUUCAAAAAUACUCGCAGAAUCCAAGAAAGAAAAGCUUUCAGAUUCUCGUGAGUUUUGAGCUUUUCUUUCUGCUCAAAAUAUCCAAUCUUAGUGUCUAUAUAACUAUAUUUGAUAAAAAAAAGUGUCUAUAAUAAUAAGCACACUACAGCUUUCACCUUCUCCAACACGGAAAAAAAUACUAAAAGGCAAGUCCUUUCUCUGAAACUCCACUUGUCCACCAUGUUUGCUUCAUGAGCUUUUUAAUUUGCAGCUUUCUCUCUUUCUUUUCUUACUUAAGCUAUUGGUGGGUUUUGUGGUGGUUUUAAUCAGUGAAGUGAGAAAAAAUAAUGAGGAGAGUUCUGAUGGUGAAUUUUGGAGUUUUUCUUCUCUUCUGUGUUGGUCUUUUGUCGACCACCUUGGGACAAGUUAGUGAUGAUUCUGAUACAAACUCCACUACGGCUGUUUACAUUGUUACUCUCAAACAAGCUCCUUCUCUUCAUCUUUUCCAACAACAAGAAGCAGUGACAACAGUCAGAGAACAAAACCACCAAGGAUCCAAACAUGGAGACACUUCAACGUUUACUACACCAAAACUCCAACCAAGGAACAUGUCAAAGUCACGUUAUUGGAGGUCAAGAAGAUCAGCAAUUGCUCAAGCUCAUGACUCUUUGCUGAGAGAUGCAUUGAAGGGAGAGAAGUACAUAAAGCUUUAUAGCUUCCACUAUCUCAUCAAUGGCUUUGCUGUUUUUGUUAGCUCACAACAGGCAGAGAAGCUUUCAAGGAGAAGUGAAGUAGCAAACAUAGUGUUGGAUUUCUCUGUUAGGACAGCUACAACUUACACGCCUCAGUUCAUGGGUCUACCAAAAGGUGCAUGGGUCAAAGAAGGUGGAUAUGAAACUGCUGGAGAAGGGAUUGUUAUCGGUUUUAUCGACACAGGCAUUGACCCAACUCACCCUAGCUUCAAUGGCACUGACGCUUCUCAGCGUCAGUAUCCCAUCCCCAAUCACUUCUCAGGUGUUUGUGAAGUCACCCCGGAUUUUCCAUCCGGAUCAUGCAAUAGGAAGCUUGUUGGAGCUCGCCAUUUCGCUCAGUCUGCUAUUACUAGAGGGAUAUUCAAUUCAUCAGAGGACUUUGCUUCCCCUUUUGACGGUGAUGGCCAUGGCACACAUACAGCUUCUAUUGCAGCGGGUAACCAUGGGGUCUCAGCUGUAGUUUCUGGCCAUAACUUUGGAAGUGCCAGUGGAAUAGCUCCUCGUGCACACAUUUCUGUUUACAAGGCAUUGUACAAGAGUUUUGGUGGAUUUGCUGCAGAUGUUGUUGCUGCUAUAGACCAGGCAGCUCAAGAUGGAGUUGACAUAUUAAGUCUAUCCAUCACACCUAACCGACGUCCUCCCGGUGUUGCCACCUUCUUCAACCCACUAGAUAUGGCUAUGCUAUCCGCUGUUAAAGCAGGUAUAUUCGUAGUGCAAGCUGCAGGAAACACAGGUCCUUCUCCUAAGAGCAUGUCCUCCUUUAGCCCAUGGAUUUUCACAGUUGGUGCUGCUACUCACGAUCGAGUCUACUCUAAUUCCAUAACCUUAGGCAACAAUGUAACCAUUCCAGGCGUUGGACUUGCAGUUCCUACAGAUGAAGGGAAGAUGUUCACAAUGAUCUAUGCUGUUGAUGCAUUGAAGAACAAAAGCUCUGCUGUAGACAAGGACAUGUAUGCAAGUGAAUGCCAAGAUUAUGAUAGUUUUGAUAAGGAUCUUAUCUGUGGGAAGCUCCUGAUAUGUAGCUACUCUAUCCGUUUUGUUCUUGGGCUUUCCACUAUUAAACAAGCUUUAGCUGUUUCCAAGAAUCUAUCUGCAAAGGGUGUUGUGUUCUACAUGGAUCCAUAUGUUCUUGGGUUUCAGAUCAAUCCUACACCAAUGGAUAUGCCUGGCAUUAUCAUUCCAUCUCCUGAAGACUCCAAGGUUUUGCUCAAGUACUAUAACUCAACUCUUGAAAGAGAUAGAACCACCAAGGAGAUUGUUAGAUUUGGGGGAGUUGCAGCCAUUACAGGUGGACAAAAGGCUAACUUCAGUGACAGAGCUCCCAAGAUUAUGUACUACUCAGCAAGAGGACCUGAUCCACAAGACAGCUUUCUCAAUGACGCUGACAUUUUAAAACCUAAUCUUGUAGCUCCUGGACAUUCCAUUUGGGGUGCUUGGAGUUCAGCUGCCACAGACUCCACUGAGUUUGAAGGAGAGAGUUUUGCGAUGAUGUCUGGUACUAGCAUGGCUGCUCCUCAUGUAGCUGGCGUGGCUGCAUUGAUCAAGCAGAAGUUCAGAAAGUUUAGUCCCUCAGCCAUUGCAUCUGCACUUUCAACAACCGCUGUUACGUUAGACAAUAAAGGAGAGGAGAUAAUGGCUCAGCGUGCUUAUGCUAAUCCUGAUCAAAGCAUGACUCCUGCAACACCGUUUGAUAUGGGGAACGGCUUUGUGAAUGCAACCGCAGCUUUGGAUCCUGGCCUAAUCUUUGACACUAGUUUUGAAGACUAUAUGUCAUUCCUUUGUGGGAUCAAUGGAUCAGCUCCAGCGGUAUUCAACUACACAGGCAAGAACUGUCUCCUUAGCAACGCAACGAUCAGCGCAUCUGACCUCAAUCUACCAUCCAUCACACUCUCUAGGCUUAACAACACGCGGACUGUGCAAAGACUGAUGAAAAACAUCGCUGGAAACGAGACGUACAGUGUGGGUUUGGUUCCUCCUUUUGGUGUUUUGAUGAAGGCGUCUCCUACUCAGUUCUCUAUCGCCAGUGGAGAAACAAAGCUACUUAGCGUGACCUUCAAGGCAAAGAAGAACAGCUCUAUAGCCAGCUUUGGGAUAAUCAAGCUGUUUGGAGACAUGGGACACGUCGUUCAUAUUCCUGUGUCUGUCAUAGUGAAAAUGGUUUCAAAACAAUGAACUUGGUAGAUAUUAAGAUUUAAAAUUGUAUUCAUUUCAUUAAUCCAUGUAAAAAUAAAAUGUCACAUAGCAUUUAUAGUACAUGGUACAUUUUUAUUUGAGACAAUAUGUAAAACACAAUAAGGUUUUUAGUAGUAA